AUGGUGAGAACACCAUGUUGCAAAGACGAAGGACUAAAGAAAGGAGCUUGGACUCCUGAAGAAGAUCAAAAGCUAAUUGCUUAUCUUCAACUUCAUGGUGAAGGUGGAUGGCGUACUCUCCCGGAAAAAGCUGGAUUGAAGAGGUGUGGGAAGAGUUGUAGAUUGAGAUGGGCUAAUUAUUUAAGACCUGAUAUUAAGAGAGGAGAGUUUAGUCCUGAAGAAGACGACACUAUUAUCAAGCUUCAUGCUCUCAAGGGUAACAAGUGGGCCGCAAUAGCCACUAGUUUGGCGGGACGAACCGACAACGAGAUUAAAAAUUAUUGGAACACAAAUCUCAAGAAGCGGUUAAAACAAAAAGGUCUCGAUCCAAUCACUCACAAACCGAUCAAUUCAAGCGGUCUCAUACCAGAAAAUCAUAAACCGAAUCGUUCAACCGGUUCCGCGAGGCUUCUUAACCGUGUCGCGAGCAAAUACGCGGUCGAUUUAAACCGGGAUCUUUUAACCGGAAUCAUCAUCGGAAACUCCACAAUCAUCGCCGAGGAUUCACAAAACUCAGGUGAGGUCGAUUCUCCUACCGAGAAUACGACCUCCACACUGCUCAACAAAACGGCGGCAGAACCAAGCGAUCUCACAUCGAUUCAAAUCAACACCACGCCGUCAUCUUCCGGUUUCUCCGACAACUGUUCUCUCUCCGAUGAUUUCACCGAUUUCUUUAGCAACGAUGAGAUCUCCGGUAUGUAUACGAAUGUCGAUAAUGCUGGGCUUAUGGAAGAGUUAAAGGGUAUUUUAAGCGGAGAUACUAAAGACUCGCCGGAGGUUAAUGUAACCGAUGAAAUGGAGUUUCUUGAUUCUUGGAACGAAGAAUGCGAUUUGGAUUUGGAGAAGUUUGUGAGUUCGUUAGAUUCCAAGGUUGGUGUCUUUGUCUGA